AAAUUUACGAAGCCAAUCAGCAUUGUGUCCACGAGUCCGUCCAAUGCUCUCUUCCCGGAACUCAAACAAACAAACCAUUUUCUCUUUGCGCAUUACCAAAACCGACCGCUCCCAUAAUCGCAGUCAGACUCUCUCAGAGAUCGGAGAGAGGGAGAGAGAGACAGUGAGAGAGGGAGACAGUGAGAGAGGGAGAGAGAGAGAGAGAGAGUCCGGGGGCGAUGCAGCUGGUAAAUGCGGUGGCCGUCGCUCGGAUGGCCGCCGCUGCCAUGGUAGCGCGAGAGGCUCCGGUGCUUUCCGCCGGCAUAGCCUUUGGAUCCUUCUGGUGGUUCACCUACGCCGGGAUCUCCUGCUUUCUGGUCCUCUUCGCCGGGAUCAUGUCUGGUCUCACCCUAGGUCUCAUGUCCCUUAGUCUUGUUGACCUCGAAAUUCUCCAGCGCAGCGGCACUUCUGACGAGAAGAAGCAAGCAGCUGCCAUCCUUCCAGUGGUUCAGAAGCAACAUCAGCUGCUUGUUACUUUGCUUCUCUGUAAUGCAGCCGCCAUGGAGGCCCUUCCUCUUUACCUUGAUAAAAUUUUCAAUCAAUUCGUUGCCAUUGUGCUAUCCGUGACAUUUGUUCUAUUCUUUGGAGAGGUUAUUCCACAAGCUAUAUGUUCUAGAUAUGGGCUUGCAGUAGGUGCGAAUUUCGUGUGGCUCGUGCGUAUUUUAAUGAUAAUUUGCUAUCCCAUUGCGUAUCCUAUUGGCAAGAUUCUAGACUGGGCACUGGGACAUAAUGAAGCACUGUUUAGGCGGGCUCAGUUAAAAGCCCUCGUCUCCAUUCAUGGCCAGGAGGCUGGUAAGGGUGGUGAACUCACGCAUGAUGAGACAACAAUUAUUAGUGGAGCAUUGGAUUUGACGGAAAAGACUGCUGAGGAGGCUAUGACACCAAUUGAGUCAACAUUUUCCUUGGAUGUAAAUUCAAAACUGGACUGGGAGGCGAUGGGGAAAAUUCUUGCACGAGGCCAUAGCCGUGUUCCUGUUUAUUCUGGAAAUCUAAAAAAUAUCAUUGGCCUUCUCCUUGUAAAGAGUCUUCUUACUGUACGACCUGAAACGGAGACCCCAGUGAGUGCUGUUUCAAUCCGAAGAAUUCCACGGGUUCCAGCAGAUAUGCCUUUAUAUGAUAUAUUGAAUGAGUUUCAGAAGGGUAGCAGUCAUAUGGCAGCUGUGGUGAAGGUGAAAGGGAAAAGCAAGAAUCCACUGCCAAUUGUGGAUGGGGAAAUACCUGAAGAAAACAAUGUUGCUAGUGGAGAUUCUCAGUUAACUACUCCUUUGUUAUCAAACCAUAAUGAAAAGUCAGAAAGUGUUGCUGUUGACAUCGAGAAGGCUUCAAGGCCUAUUGUUGGCAAUAGACAAACCUCUUCUAAAUAUAAUGACGCUGCAACGAAUGGGUUACCGUAUUUGACACAGGAUAUUGAAGAUGGUGAAGUCAUAGGCAUAAUCACCCUGGAAGAUGUGUUUGAAGAACUUCUACAGGAGGAGAUAGUGGAUGAAACGGAUGAAUUUGUUGACGUACAUAAACGCAUACGCGUGGCUGCAGCUGCAGCUGCUUCAUCAAUGGCACGAGCUCCAUCAAUUCGGAGGCUAACUGCCCAGAAAGGAACAGGGGCCCUCAGUAAGCAAGGGCAAACACCAAAAAAGUCUGCCGAGGAGCCUUUUCAUGGAACCCCUGGUGAGCAUUUUCAUUUGAACAAGAAAUGAAUUUUUGUAAUCAUGUUACUUAUUAUGAACCCAUCUUGGUGAUCUCAAGAGAGGUAUUUUAUUUCCAUUGUGGGAAAAAGAAAAAUAAAAGCUCAUGUGAUAUAUUGUAAUUUUGGAAGUUUAAUGAGCAAAUUAUCUGCACGGAUAUUUUCCUGAGCA